GAGUCAUGCUUUUUCUUCCGGUCCGUGCAGACCGCCGUUUCAGUAUCUGCGGGAUCGACGUUGAAGAUGGUAGAUGAAGCUGGUGACAGAGAUGAGUCCUCUAAUGUUGCCAUUAUCAGAGAAGUAUAUGACAGUGAGAACGCUCAUGAGACAUUUGAAUAUGAGUUAGAAAGAGCGUUGGAAUCAGAAUGCAGUUUAAUUGUUAUCGAACCAUCGAAAUUAGGUGAUGAAACCUCUAGAUGGAUAGCAGUGGGAAAUUGUCUUCACAAGACCGCUGCACUGUCAGGUCUUGGUGCAAUCGUCACAGGAUUACUCUGGGGCGAUCGACCAUACAUCUGUGGUCCACUAGGUUUUACAGCAAUCAUAACCUGUGGAUUAUAUACAGUCUCUUGGCAAUUUGAUCCUUGUUGCCAAUAUCAAGUAGAGACUGAUACCAGCAAAUUACCACACGUAGAGCUAUUAGCUGUUCUAGGUCCUUCGUCUCCCACGUUUCUUGUCAGGAAAGAUGAUACGAGGAGACGAAUUCUUCACACAACUAUUACAUUGGCAGCUCUCAGCAUUACUGCCUGGAGAGUGUACCAGGCGUUUAAGUGAAAAAGUUAUUACUGGCAUAGAUUUUGUCUUAAGCCAGAAUGAAAUAAUAAGGUGAGUGCUGCUUAUGUGAUCUGACUAAACUACAUAAAUGCAAGUAACAAAAGCCAGAUUUUAUCCAAGUUUUUACAUUGGCAUGUCAUUUCUUUAAGAUUUUACAUUGUUAUUCUUUGAUCUCCACCUUGAAAAAAAAAUUGUGAAAGAUAACUAUAUUACAAAGUUGCAAAAGCCAUAUAUAUAUAUGUGCAGUCUCUGUACUGGAGGAAAAAAAAGAUAUUGACAUAAGUGUUCUUAGAAUUAUGAAAUUUGCAACGGUACAUAUGGAUUUAGCAUUAUGUAUUUUUAGAUUGUAAAUAUAAAAUAGGUAGAGAGAGAAUAAAAAACACACACAGUACAUAUGAUA